AUGGCGUGGAAUGCGGCCACGGCGGCCACGCACCCGAAAGCCCCGGCGGUUGUGACGAGAGCACUGAAGCCCGCUUCGUUCCCGUCCGCCAUGACAAAAUUGGCGGCGCCAGCCGGGAACCAAAAGUUAGCGAUGAAGACGGCCUGGUUCGAGACAUUGCGGAGGCCGAGCAUUCAAGAUGGACACGGCCAGCAAGGUCUGGGUCGAGGAUACACCCAAGCCUGA